AUGGAGCGCUACAAGAUACUUUAUAUUGGCGAGAGGCAUGGUGGCUAUGCGUUCGCGGGCUCGCGCAUGGUUGACACCCCUGCCAAACCGGUCUAUGCUAAACCACUGUACGAGCGCGGGCGAGUCGUCAACCUGCGCCUCUAUACAUACUUGCUUACCUGCGGACAUGGAUUCUUUACCAUUUCAUUGGCUGAUCCCGUAUUGCGCUCUGGCCCAUGGUUGCACCCCUCUCGUUCUGUUUCCUUGAAGGCCGCAAAGGUUAUGCUGUACCAUGCAUGGCCCUUGGUCCGGGGAGAGGAUGGCGAACGAGGCCAGAUCUAG